AUAUCAUAGGAAAUUGCUUCAUACCUAUACUUAGUAUUUAUCCAUCUGCUUUAGUUUUAUUGACAUUGAUUGGGCUAGGAAUAGAAUAAUUGUUAUUUAGCCUCUCCAUUCCUUUCCCCUGUUUCUGGCUUGUGGAAGGGAAAGCAUGUUAUUGAAAAAUAGAAACGCAUAUCCUUGCAUUUCCCAAGGAUUUGUUUUGUACUGAGGCAUCAGGAAAUUUGGUUUGAACAUGCUCUAUUUAGAUUUUUGUUUGGUACAGAUAUGUAUAAUUUGUCCUUUUCAUAAGAUAAGAAUGUUUUCUCCCUGACUAGGGUGAGUGUAGUGGCAUAAUGUUGGAUCAAUGACUUUUGUUUAUCAGCUUGUAGUCAGCUAGCUAUUUUGCCUGAUUUAGGCUGGAGGUGGCUUAGGGGUUUUGUUGUCUUUUAUUUACUGGCAUUGCUUAUAAAGACAGAGAAUCUGAUAAUUAAAAAUAAAAUAAAUAAAUAAAUUUAAGGUGCACACAGUUGUAUAGGAUAACUUUCAAUGAGACUGCUUCUUAUAAAAAAAAUAGUUUCCUGAUAUUUUCUACAGUAUUUGAAUCUUAAUAUGAUCUGAGUUAUUCUGAACGGGAUGAUUGUGCUGAACCAUUGGUGAUUCUGGAUUGAUUGAUUCUUUCUGCUCUGGACUGGGAAACUAUCAGGGGCUCUUCUCCUGGUCAGUAGCGCACAUUCCUGUAAACAUGGUAGGGUCUCGGAAUGGAAGUGUUAUUGAUUUGCAAUAUUCUUUAUAGUAGGGGCUAAAGACUAGGUGUCACUGCUUUCUUCUUUGUAUUCCUUUUUUAUAUGUUUAACUUUAUAGUUUUCUUUUAUUGGUUAUAGGAAGUUUCUGUGGAGGUACUAUUAGAAGUCACAGGUCUCUCCCCUGUCCUCCUAAGUCAUGCCCUGAAACCUCUGACAAAGGAGAAUGGGAUCCUCACCCAGAAGCAGAGUCUUUUGAGGCUGAAUGAGGGGACACUGAGCCAGGCAUCCGGUGAGCGCCUGUGGCUCUUGCCCAAACAGAUGUAUUUGAAUGUGGAAGAAAAUGAGGGUUGUGCUCUGGAGAAGAAGAGGAAUACUAUUUGCUGUCUCCUUGUCCAGAUCCUGAAGGCAGAGAAAGAGAUGCAUAUUGACAACCUGGUAUUUAAGGUGAUUGAUGCAUGCCAGAAACGGGAGGUUGGCAGUACCCUGAAAUUUUUGAACUUUUGCUGUAGUAGCACAGAUGUCCUCUCUUGCAUCCUGCAUCUACUGAGCCAAGGUUACAUCCAACGCCAGGAGGAUAACCCACAUAUCCUGGAGUACAUUUCGGCAGAGCCCACCACACCUCACCGGGGUCAAGCCCAGCUCAUUUUUCAAAACAUUAAUUACCAAAAAUCAAAGAUCGCUUCUGGGACAGAUACAACCAAAAGAUUGGAUACCUUUGGCCUUGACACAGAACAGGUUCUGAUGGAGACGGUACUCUUGCCUAUGGGACGUACAAUGAAUCAAGAAGAAGUUGAGUUGCUGAUGACCCAAACAGUGGAGAAGGUGUCAGAUACUCUAAGCGUGACUGCAGAUAUAGCUCAACAUCUGCUGAUACACUGUAAGUGGAAUGUGGAUGUUCUGAUUCAGCGAUACACAGAAGACCAAGAGUCAAUGCUGUUUUUCUCAGGGCUGCAAGUGCGAAAUCCUCAGCCACCUUCAAGCCCUGUCACCCACUGUCCAGUUUGUGUGAAUCCUCUGAAUGAAACAGACGAUCUGCCUCUUCUGUGUUGUAUGCACUACUGCUGUAAGGUAAGAGCUUCUUUACUACCGUGAAAUAGGUAUUUGGGAGGGGGAGCAAUUUCUUUCGUUCUGUCACAGUAGUAGUGUGUUAGUCUGCCAUCUUCCUCUGUAAGCCUGAAACAUUUAUCUUGUGUUUCAUUCAUCUUUGUGGAUUGCUGUGGACUUUAUUCAUAUCCAUGAAAGAACGUUGUCAAUAUUUAGAAUUGGUUUGUUACUAAUUUAUCAGCUGCAUUUAUUCACUUAAGAACUGUGGCAAGAAAGGUGA